AUGACGAAGUGUGCUUCCAGCUCCUUCAAAAACUCCUACGUUCGAGUGUGUCGCCCACCUUUCCUCGAAGCUCUCGCGGUGGCAAGAUGAUCAGGACACUCGAACUACUAGCGCUGCUCGUCGGCGCCGUACUCGGCGCUGACCAAAUCUUCUGGCCUCCCAGAAAUCAUUCCGCAGCCUCUCCGCCUCAAGGCGCUGAACUAAUCUUCUGGCCUCCCAGAAAUCGUUCGACAGCUUCUCCGCGUCAAGGCGCUGAACUAAUCUUCUGGCCUCCCAGAAAUCGUUCGACAGCUUCUCCGCGUCAAGGCGAUGACCUAAUCUUCUGGCCUCCCCGAAAUCAUUCCACAGCCUCUCCGCGUCAAGGCGCUGAACUAAUCUUCUGGCCUCCCAGAAAUCGUUCCACAGCCUCUCCGCGUCAAAGUGGUAACCGUAUCGUCUGGCCUACCAUAGAUCAUUCGGCAGCCUCUCGCACCUUCCUUCCUCCAGGCGGUGGCCGUUUCCCCUGGCCUACCAUAGACCAUUCGGCAGCCUCUCGCACCUUUCUUCCUCCAGUUCAAUGGGAUCAAAUGUUUGACCCAAGAGAAAGCAAAGAAGUCACUACGUUUGCGUGGCAAG